AUGGCCACCACUCAAAACUGUGCAUUAAUAGUAGGUGUCACCGGCAUGGCGGGCCUUAGUAUAGCCCAAGCCCUGCGUAGCCCAACAGUCCAAAGAGGCCCAUGGUUAAUCUACGGUGCAGCCCGUCGGCCCAAGCCCACUUGGUUCCCCUCUUCAGCGGUUGACCAUUACAUUACCUUUGACGCCGUCAACUUUGACGAAACCCACACCACUCUCUCUCCUCUCUCCUCCCAAAUUACCCAUGUUUUUUGGGCCGCCAUUCACGUGGGCCGAACAGAGGAUGAUAAUAUCAAAGUUAACUCUGCUAUGUUAUCCAAUGUCCUUAAAGUUCUCACGGGCCAUACCCAGCCCAAUAAGGUCCGCCACGUCACCUUACAAACAGGCACUUCACAAUACAUUGACUUAGUUUACUUUAUGGGCUUUGCAGAUUCGGCCCAACAUAAACCUCCGUUUCAUGAAGAUAUGGGCCGGUUACCAUAUCCACACUUUUACCACGUCCUUGAGGACAUGGUGAAAUCGUACGGUUCAGAUUUAACGUACUCGAUUCACCGACCGUCGAUUAUUAUAGGUGCAUCAACUAGAAGUGUUUACAACUUCUUACUAACAUUAGCAGUUUAUGCGGAAAUAUGCAAGUAUCAAAAUGCACCGUUUAAGUAUCCUGGAAAUAAGUACACGUGGGAACAUUUCUGUGACAUGACUGACGCACGUGUACUAGGAGAACAACAUGUGUGGAGUGCUACUAAUGAGAAGGCAAAGAAUCAAGUGUUUAAUUGUACAAACGGUGACGUUUUCAGUUGGAGGAAGAUGUGGGGGGUUUUGUGUGAGGAAUUUGGGGUUGAAUUUGUGCCUUUGGAUGAAGGAGGAGGGUUGUUUGAUCUUGUGGAGAGCAUGAAAGAUAAAGGGGAAGUGUGGGACAAAAUUGUGGAAGAGAAAGGUUUGGUUAAGACGAAAAUGGAGGAAAUUACUUGCUUUGUUGCAUUUCAGUAUGUGACGAGGUUUAAUUUUCAGAUGGUUAAUAGUAUGAAUAAGAGUAAGGAGUUUGGGUUUUUUGGAUAUGCUGAUAGUUUCAAAACUGUGAGGUUUUGGAUCGGGAAACUCAGGGAUAUGAAGAUAAUACCAUGAUUGAGAUUUGGAAUAAAACUUGUUGUGUCGUUUGAGUGAGUGAUAUGACCUAACACGAUCUUUUUGUUUGACGAGUUUGGUUAGAGGUUAAUUUUCAUACACAAACACGACACGACAACAUGUUUUGUUGUUAGACUAUUUUAUUUAAUGGAGGCUUGUGAUACUUUAAGAAAAUAAAUUAAGUGGUUUGAGCUGUUGUAUUUAUGGAUUUACUUUCAUACAACAAAAUCGUGUUUGUAAAAUAAGUUAAAACGGGUUAAACGAUCAUUUUGAUAUAUGGGUUGGUUUAAGUUGUGGAUUGCUUAUGGUUUAAGUUGACUGUUCAUGAGUCGUGAUAUUUUUAAUAAGUAGGCCGAGUUAAGAUCAUAAGCUUAACAUGGAGGUGCCAUAACUUGAAUAAUAUUCCAACUUGCCUCAGGCAAAUAUCAUGUAUUGUCAUU